UCCGGGUCCGUGCGAAUGUUCCUCAUGCGGCGCGUCUGUUUUGUUUUUUCUGGAGUAUCGCCUCGUCGCGUCGCCGUCGUUUCGGGAACACGAACAGGUGCUUCAGUCCGGAUCAAUCGCUACCGACGUUCGCCACCUGACGUCGCGUCCGUCACGUCCACGUCCCCGUCUCGCGGUCUCGCGCUCUCCUGCCGCCCCCGCGAACUUUGUGCGUGUCGCGUUCCCUCCGGCGCCGUGCGCUGCGGCCUCAUGCGCCACGUGAACAAGGCCGCCAGCUGUGUUUUCACGCGAAAUACGAGGAAGUCCUCGAGCAUAACCUGGAAUUUCAGGAUGCACUAAGCACUCUGAGACAGUACCCAUCUUAGUAAAUUCUCAUAGUGUCGGUUCUGAUCCAAUUCUAUGUUAUUCAGUUGAAUGUUAAAGUGCGGAAUGAAGAACUUUUCGCGAGUGAGCUGAUAGUGGUUGAACAGAACUUUCCCGGUAAAAUUAAACGCGAAAAAACGCGUUUGUGUGAAGAAUAUUCUGAAAUAUUCAUCGGAAUUCAAUCAGCUUUAUGCUGUCCUGGAGUUAACAGUGAUUCGUGCUGACAGAAAAAUUGUUCCAAGAUGGAGCCUCGCAGAUGUUCGCUACAAAAUAUAUUCCUCUCAGAACACGAUCGCCAAAAUAUGGUUGCAACAUACGAUGCCGAUCGUGUGAACAACAGAAGAUCGGAACCGUACAGCCGGCGAUCCUCGAAGGACAAGGACAGAGACGACAAGGAUGUAGUCACCGUCUCCGUGAGCACGGGCUACACGAACAAAGGCUUCAAAGGCGACAACGACAACGACCUAGCCAAACCCCCGGUAGAACCCAUAGAGGACGAGUCCAUCCCCAAGGGCAAAUUCAAAUUAUCUAGGAAAGAAAAAUGGCGGAUCCUCAAGAACAUCGCCGCCGUGAGCUUGGCGUUCAUGGUCCAGUUCACAGCCUUCCAGGGCACGGCCAACCUCCAAAGUUCCAUCAACGCCAAAGAAGGUCUCGGCACGGUAUCCUUGUCGGCCAUAUACGCUGCCCUCGUAGUUUCCUGUAUUUUCGUCCCCACGUUCGUCAUCAAGAGGCUGACGGUGAAAUGGACCCUGUGCUUGUCGCUCCUGUGCUACGCGCCGUACAUCGCCGCGCAGUUCUACCCCCGGUUCUACACGCUGGUGCCGGCCGGUGUCCUGGUCGGACUGGGGGCCGCGCCCAUGUGGGCCGCCAAAGCCACGUACCUCACGCAAGUCGGAGCUAUCUAUGCUAAGCUCACCGAUCAGCCCGUCGACGGAAUCAUCGUCAGGUUCUUCGGAUUCUUCUUCCUGGCCUGGCAAACCUCAGAGCUCUGGGGAAAUUUGAUCUCAUCUUUAGUGUUAUCCGGUGGAGCUCACGGAGGCGGACACGACCACAACACGACGGUCUCCGAGGAGGCUCUCCGAUCGUGUGGCUCCAAUUUCUGCGUCCUCGGCAACAAGGGGCUCCAGAACCUGAACCGACCCCCCGAUUCGGAGAUCUACGAGAUCAGCAGCAUUUACUUAGCAUGUAUCGUCUUGGCCUCCAUCAUGGUCGCCCUUUUCGUCGAUCCUCUCUCAAGGUAUGGUGAAAAUCGGAAGAAAACAGGAACGGAGCUAAAUGGCAUACAGAUGCUGUCAGCAACAGCAUACCAGCUGAAGAAGCCUUACCAACAACUGCUGAUCCCAAUCACGGUAUGGAUCGGCAUGGAACAGGCCUUCAUCGGCGCUGACUUCACCCAGGCUUACGUCGCAUGUGCCCUGGGGAUCCCUCUAGUCGGAUACGUGAUGAUCUGUUUCGGAGUGGUGAACGCAAUCUGUUCUCUUCUAUUCGGUACUCUGAUGAAGUACAUCGGUAGAGUUCCUCUCAUGGCCCUUGGAUUCGCCGUCCACGGAGUCCUCAUCUGGGUCCUCAUCGUCUGGAGGCCCCACCCCAACUCGCCCCAUAUUUUCUUCACGAUUUCCAGCCUGUGGGGCGUAGGCGACGCCGUCUGGCAAACCCAAGUCAACGGUCUUUACGGUACCCUCUUCAGACGGAACAAAGAAGCAGCUUUCAGUAACUACCGGUUGUGGGAAUCGACCGGCUACGUGGUGGCUUACGCUUACAGCACCCACCUUUGCGCUCGGAUGAAGCUGUACGUGAUGGGAGUCGUGCUCGUGGUCGGGAUGAUGGGAUACGCCAUCGUCGAGAUUCGACACUCGAUCAAAGCCCGGAGGCAGAAGAGGCUCGCCGAGGACCCGAAAGCGGCCGCCGCCGAGGCGCUUGCCCAGAACACCGUCGAGGAGACCGACGACGAAAAGGAUGAUAUCGACGACGAGAUCAUCAUCACCCAUCUAUAGGCUCACUCACCAGCUGCAUUUGUGCAUUUUCGAUAACUUGUCGGUACUUCCAAGAGUGAACCAUCUUCGGAUGAAGAGGACAUGGUUAUCAUGUAGUGCAUCUGAAGUCAUCUUCCCGGCAGGGCUACGAAAGUUCCCAUGCCCAAAGACUGCCCUGCUCGGCAAGAAACGCGAAUACAGUCAGUUGCUGACACUGUUUUCCUUCAAUUUAAAUCCAUCGUGGAUGAUCGGUUUCAGAUUUUUCACGUGCGUUUAAAUUGACGAGACCUAGUGUCGCCAACUUUGCGAUCGGAGUCGCCACUGCGCACGCGCUCAACUCCGAUGGAAUCGUACAUCCAAGGCUUUUCCCGCGCGCCGCAGAUCGACGUUUCCCGCACGAGAUAACGUAACUACAUUUCAAUGUUGUCAAAUUUCCCUUUGCAAAUCGCAUUGUUACCAGGAGCAUCUACUUUCAGUUGAAAAUUUCACUGAUUUUCCUUUUGAUCUUAUGUGAAAAUCGGGAAAAUUUUGGAUGAAAAUAGCUCCUGUAGUUUCAUGUAAAAAAUCAAAUUGUUUGAGUCAAUUUGGCAACCAUGGAAUGGGGUUACGCUCCUUCAUGCGAAAAACGACGAAAUGAGUCCUCCGAGACUGAAGAGAUGCAUCAGUGAUGAAAAGAGUAAUAAAAUCAAAGGAGAAAAAAGGCUGCUCGUAGAAAAAGCACGCGUUUUGCAUGCUCAGCCUGUAUGUAAAAUCCUUGUGCCUUGUUUCCUCAUAGAAUUUAAGUUCUUUUUAAAAAGUUGACACCAAUUUUUUAAUAUUUUCAAGUUGAAGAGUGCCUGAAUUUCCCCAUUGUUGAGAAGCUUUUUAAACGCAAUUAAAAUAAGACGAGGAUAUGUAAUCGGUGUUCUUAUCGAUUUUGUAAGCACUAAUGUUACUGACUCUAGCUACCAACAUCCUUACACAAAAAAUCACCAUUUUCUUUGUCUUGUAGGCUAUUCAGAUAAUCUCUUCAAACAUUGUGAAAUGAUGUUGCAAUAAACCUUAAAAUCAUAUUGUAUAAGUAAGUGCCUUCUCGAUUUUAUUGAGUUAACUGCGUGAUACUUUUAGAUGUAAUGUCAUGAAGUUGAAUUUUUAGGGCAGAAAUUUCUACUAUGUUCAGAGAGUAAGAAACACUUCAAAUCAAGGAAUCCGCUGCUAAAUACUUACGUUUAUUGUAAGGAGGAAAAGAAAAAUAAAACUAUGAAAACAUGGAAUCAAAAUUAGGUACUUACACCCUAAACUGACUUGUUCAUACUUUUGAACCCCCCCUAGAAUUAAAUUCAGCUCAGGACAUUCCAGAAAUGUUGAAAUGCAGAAACUGUGAUUCAUUUAGUGGUUAAUUACUCUUUAUUUCUUUAACUUUAUGUACUUAUCUUUUUUCUCUCGUCUCAUUUACUGAUUUAUUUAUUCUACUAAACGAUUUUUUUCAUAUUUGAAUUAUUGAAUGAUUUUUGUCGAUUACAGCAUGCAUUUUGAUUUGAACAUUUUGUUAUUAGAUUUGAAAGGAAAUUUUGCACCUGAAGCAUUUUGAUCACAAUUUUCUUAUCACGUCAUUGAAAAUACAAAGAUCUUCAGUAUUCUCAUUUUUUCCUUCUAUCCUUUUAGCAUUAAAUUAUCGCAUGUUGAUUUUUUCCCAAUCAUUUGUACAUAUUUUUCAGAACUAUAUAGAUACCUAAUUAUAAACAGUAGUCUAGUUAAAGUAGCUGAAUUUAAUCAGCAAAUGAAAAUAUGUACACAAGAUAAUUUACUUGAAUUUUUACUCUUUGUUGAUACUUUUACUGGUUUCACGAGCAAAAAAGCUCAUGUUUUUCUUACUUUGACUUACGAGCAAGUGAAACAAACCAUUAAAUUUUAGUAGAUGAUCAGCACACGAUUAGCAAGAUCCUAUAACCAGAGUUAUCAGAUGACUUAUUGCAACAAUUAGAAACUCGCGAAAGUUAAAAUAAUAGAAAUAACUUCUGUAAAUAAGGUUUGAAUGCAGAGGCACUUAAUUUUAGAGUUGAGAAUUGUGCUGAGGAAAUCAACAUCUUAAACAGCAGGAAGAGUUUUCGUAGGUUGGGCAAUGCAUAAAUAAAGCUUCCUUGGGACAAUUCAUUUUUGUGUUACAUUAGAUGUAUUCAAACUGCACGUAAGUGUUAAAAGUAGCCCAUAAAAAAAAAUAAAAAAUAAAAAUCUUGCUCAAUUUCUCCAAAAAAAGAGAGAAAUAUGUAUUUUAUAGAUUACUGAUUGCUACACUGUUAGACAAACAUAAAAAUAAACCAGGCUACCCAUAAUGUUUUACGUAAAUGUUUUUGAUUGAGAAUACUGAUUCAUUGUUCAAAAUGCGAAUGAUUUUUAGUCAUUUUUUACGGUCUCAUACAAAUAUGAAGCAUUGUAUACUAUGCUUCAUCGAAUCAUUAAUGGAAAUAGAACCAAAACAUACACAAAAUAGCCCUAAAUUUCCUAAUAGACCUUUCCAACUUUUCAAAUGUGAGUACUGAGACAUCAUUUUGUCUUUUGAACUUGAUUUUGUGCCUUAAUUGUUACAUCCUGGAUAUCUUGAAAUUUAAUGUUACGGAAGGACAGAUCUGACCUUAUUGUUAAUACGAGUAAGCACGUGCUCUUGAAUAAAUUAAAAAGAAUUACAGGAAAAAAGAAAAACAAAAGAUCCAAAUUGUUUUAUUAGGAAUGAAUUGAGGGAUUUGUUCAGAAAUUUCUAAUGUUAGGAGGUAUGUAGAUAAUAAAAACACAUUGGCCUGCACAAAAUGCAUUACUGAAGACUGCAUGGUUAGACGCAAAAACUCGAUAACUACAAGGGCGAUAACAAACCAGUAAUGUGCAAGAUAUUGUGAUAAAGAACAGUCUUUACCUCCGUAUUUUAAUAUACCAGAUCAAAGGAUUGACGGUAAUUUUACGAGUAUAAGCCCAUCAGCGGCGCCGAUUAUUGUGUGAUGAUAUUGGAAAGAUUUCUUCAGAUCAACUGACUUUGCAUAAUACAUUGAAUGUUCGUGAGUUGUUUGUUUGAUUCCUUAUGCUACUUUGUUCGUUUGUUACUUACUGACAGGUAAAUAAUUUGGUAUUACGACUAAUGAUUGCUUGGGUAAAACUUAAAUAGCUUCGGGCUACAAUAUGGUUUAGUUUCGUUGAGACAGCAUGGGUACUUCAAAAGCAUCAGGGAUGUUGCUGUGGUUUUAGAGCCAAGAUAGAAAGCUACCUGAUCUUGGUUGUAUUUGAAAAAUAUUGUAUUUAACUUCAGUUUUAACUUCGGUUGUAAAAGCUGGAAAAAUGUUGAAAAAAUUAAGAAUUGUUUAAAUGUCUUAAACUUUCCUGAGGACGCUCAUACACGGCCUGCCAAACCACUUGACAAGCCUCAUUAGACCAGUGCAAUCAACGCUAGCAUGCGUGCUGGGAUUUUGGGUGAACCAUUGUUACAUGUUCGUGAUGGGGCUUGCUCAGUUGCUUGACGCGCCGCCUGAACGCGCCUUAACUCACAAUAAGUCUGCAUCUAGCAAAAAAGCUACCGACCUAUGGUUUCUUCGACAGAAUACGAAUAAUUUUCAAAUGGAACCAGUAUCAAGUUGCAGGCUAUCUUCAAAAGUUUUAAUUUGAUUAAAAAUUACAGCAGCAGUUCUGAUACGUUUGGAACUGACAGACGUGACAGUCAGCUGAGAAAUGUAAGGUAGAUAUAUAGUAGAAAAAAACAAGACAGAAAAAAACUGUGAAUCAUUGUGUACUUAAGAAAAAUUGUUAUUUGUGUGUACAAUUUUAUAUUUUAUGUAGAUUUAAUACAAGAACUAAAUUAAUAAAUAUUUAUAAUUCAUUGUUCAA